GCAUGGGUGUAAAAUCUACUGUUAUAACUGGCUUUGGGUUUCCAUGAGUGUGUGACAGACAGAGAAAGAAGUAUUGAGACAAAGGGACAUAGAGACAGAAGAAUCAUGAGAAGACAGGAGAUGUCUUUUUUCUGUGCACCUGGGUUUUAGGACUAUGGGCACCCUGGUGAGGACCCUCCAUUCUUCAGGACAUAGAGGAGCCAGACACGUGAUUCUACUUCAUCCUCGCCUGUGGUGGGACCCAGCCAGGGUUCUGUCCACCUGGAAACAGGCCAGUCUGUCCAUCUGGGGAUGGGGGGGUCUUGGAGUUGUGCUGUUCCUCGUCACCUUUGGACCCUUUGCCAUAUUCUACCUGGCAUUUUAUAUCUUCUGCUUCAUUGGAGGGGGCUUUGCGGUUACUCUGCUCUAUGGAAAGAUCAACUCAGAGAAACACCUGGAAAAAUGCGAGCAGUCUUACUUGCCACCCACUCAAAUUGGUAUACUGAAGACAUUGGAUGAGAUGAGGCUGGAGAUGAAACCUAUAAAGAUCGACAGGAGACUGACUGGCUCCAGUUUCAUAGAUGAACCACUACAACAGGUGAUCCAGUUUGCUCUGAGAGAUUAUAUUCAGUACUGGUACUACACUCUGAGCGAGGAUGAGUCCUUCUUAUUAGAGAUCAGACAGACGGUGCAAAAUGCCCUUGUCCAGUUCUCUACAAGGUCCAAAGAGGUGGACUGGCAGCCUUACUUCACCACUCGCCUGGUGGACGACUUUGCCACCCAUUUACGUGUCUUUAGAAAAGCCCAGGAUCGCCUCGCAGACAGAGAAGAUAAACAAAGGGACAUAACAGAGGAGCUGGUGGACUCCUUUUUUGAGGCAGAGGUGGAGAUGGAGAGGAAGAUUUGUCGAGACGUGGUGUGCACUUCACUCAAGGACGAAGAAGGUUUUCUUCGGGACUUGUGCGAGCUGCUUCUGUAUCUGUUACUACCUCCUGGAGAUUUCCACAACAAGAACAUGAGAUACUUCCUAAGGGAGGUGCUGGCACGUGGUGUGCUACUUCCUCUGAUCAACCAGCUGAGUGACCCAGACUACAUCAACCAGUUUGUCAUCUGGAUGAUACGGGACUCCAGCUGUAACUAUGAAGCCUUCAUGAACAUUCUGAAACUGACAGACAAGCCUGCUGAGUUGGAGGCUGUCAAGGACAAGGUGCUGGAGGAGCUGCAGUACCUCCGCUCCCUGGAUACUGCUGGAGAUGACAUCAAUGUGAUCAAAAACCAGAUUAACAGUCUUCUGUUUGUGAAGAAGGUGUGUGAGACCAGGAUCCAGAGACUGCAGUCUGGCAAGGAGGUGGAUGCCUUGAAGCUGGCAGCAAACUUUGGCAAACUGUGUGUUAUCCCAUUGGAUCACAUCCUCAUCCACAACAUAGCCCUGCAGUUCUUCAUGGACUUCAUGCAGGCAGCAGGGGCCCAGGCAGAGCUGUUCUUUUGGCUCACUGUGGAGGGCUACAGGGUGACGGCUCAGCAGCAGCUGGAGGCCAUGCAGGGCUGGCAGAAAGAUGGCAAGAAGCAGCCCAGCGCCACCAAGGGGCUGCUGAAAGCUGCUGCGCUGGGUGUCUAUGAACAGUACCUCUCUGACAAGGCGUCUCCCAGAGUGCAGGUGGACGAGGCAUCUGUAACAAAACUAGGGGAGAAGCUACAGAAAGAUGACCCCACGCCAGAGAUAUUUGAUGAAAUCCAGAGAAAAGUGUAUGACAUGAUGCUACGUGAUGAGCGCUACUACCCCUCCUUCAAGCAGAGUCCUCUCUAUGUCCGCAUGCUAGCAGAGCUGGACAUGUUGAAAGAGCCGAGUUACAGAGGAUCUGACGACGGCGAUGGAGAGUCCUUCAACGGCUCUCCCACAGGAAGCAUAAACCUAUCUUUGGAUGACUUGUCCAACUCCUGCCAUGACGAAUCUAUGCACAUACAUGCCUUCAUUUCCGACACAGGGGUUUGCAACGAUCACGGCAAGACCUACGCGCUGUACGCCAUCACUGUGUUUAGACGCAACCAGGAUGGCAGUGAGGACUGCUGGAAGACGUAUCGCCGUUACUCAGACUUUCAUGACUUCCAUAUGAGGAUCACUGAACAGUUUGAGAACCUGGCAUCGAUCCUCAAGUUGCCAGGGAAAAAGACCUUCAACAACAUGGACAGAGAGUUCUUGGAAAAGAGAAAAAAAGACCUCAAUGCUUACCUACAGUUGCUGCUGAACCCAGAGAUGGUGAAGGCCUGUCCCACUCUGAUUAAUUAUGUCUAUGACUUCCUAGAGAACAAGGCCUACAGCAAGGGGAAGGGAGAGUUUGCACGCAAGAUAGAUACAUUUGUAAAUCCUCUGAGGAGCUCCAUGAGAAACGUGUCCAAUGCAGUGAAGGCGCUGCCAGACAGUCUGGCUGAGGGCAUGACCAAGGUCUCUGAUAACAUGGGUCGCAUGUCAGAAAGACUGGGCCAGGACAUUAAACAGUCCAUACUCAAGGUGCCUCCACUCCUCCCAAAAUCUGAUAUCGACCCUGAACACUGUCGAGUCUCUGCUCAGCUUGAUGACAAUGUGGAUGAUAACAUCCCACUGAGGGUAAUGCUGCUGUUGAUGGACGAGGUGUUUGACCUCAAGGAGAAAAACCAGUGGUUGCGCAGGAACAUUAAGAAUCUGCUGCAGCAGCUCAUCAGGGCCACGUAUGGCGAUACCAUCAACAGGAAAAUUGUGGAUCAUGUGGACUACUUGACCUCACCCGAGCAGGUUGCGGAUUACGUCAAGAAGUUCAGGGAUUCCUACUGGCCCAACGGUAUUCUGGCUGAGACGCCGCCACGUCGGGACAAGAGCAUUCGCAUGAGGACACGAGUAGCUGCCAAGACAAGCCUGCUGGGCAUCAUGCCAGAUGAGCUGAAGCACAUCAUUGGAGCAGACACUACAAGAAAGGGCAUACUCCGUGUCUUUGACAUGUUCCAGUAUCAACCCAUGAACCGUCGGCUAGUCUACGUUUUCCUGGAGGGCUUCUUGGAGACGAUGUUCCCGCAGUACAAAUUCCCUGAGCUCUUUGUCAAGCUGCACUCCCGCUCGCCGCGCAUCCACAGAUACAGCCAGAAACUCAAAUCCUCCUCACUCAAGAGGUGACAGGAGAGGAUGGAGGCAGUGGGACAUGAGCCAACUGGGUGGGUGGGUGGGUGAGGAUGAGGUGUGUGUGUGUGUGUGUGUGAGAGAGAGAGCGAGCGAGUGAGUGUGAUUUCUGCCCUUCCACUCCCCUCACACACUUUUUUUCUGUGUAAACACUCCAAUUACCCAGCUGAUUAUAUCUGUCGAGACAGAACUGAAGGAUGAACAAAACACACUCUGCCCUCCUCUCACUCUGUGAAACACACACAUGCGCAAACAAAUCCUGUGAUUUGCACCAAGACUGAAUAUGGCAGUCUUUUCUUUUUAGUUUUAAUAUUUUCCUCCUCCCUUUUUGGACAUUUUACUUGUGUUUAGCUUUAUCCUGGACCAUUCAAUGCUGCUUUCUUGUGGUCCAGAGAACAGACCUUGAAUACUGUAUUGUUUUUAAAUUGCAGGAGUAGAUAGCAUAGACCCACACCUUGCCUUACCUUCCCGCUUCUGUCUUCGGGCCUGCACAGUCUACCAUCUCAGUGACCUGGCCCUUCAACUGUAGUCUAACUUACCCUCAUGCUGUAGACAUUUUAUCUGCAAAAGCUGCACACUUGCUUACAUGCAAAUGAUAUUUUUUUUUCAUAGCAACCAAAUAUGUCAAUAGCACUGGGUAAAAAAAAGGCGCUGUUUUUUAAAAUGUGACUGAACAAAUAUGGGUCGAAAGGAUCUCUUAGAUUUUUAUCCUCCACAUUUUUUUCUAGCCUCAAUGCUUCUUGUGAGACAUGAUGAGAAUUUUUUCUUUCCAGAGUUUUGCAUCAUCUGUACCAGCCAUGAUCCUCAAAGAAUAGGCCACAUCCCCUUUAUGCUACUGUUAUGACCUGUGACAACCAAAGCUCAUGCUGUUUCAUAUGUGUGUGUGCACUGGUUUGAUGUUGGGAUACUCUGAACAUUACUGUGCUUCAUAUCAUUUUCAUGUAAGGAAAGAAUGCAAAGCUGAACUUCUAAUGACAUAAAAAGGUGAGGCUGUGAGGACACGCUAAAGUGUGUGACAGCUGUGGGAGGCUCAGCUCUGGCUACCCAGGCGCAAAGAAUGUACUCUCUGGUCUAGUCUGUAUUUGGCUCAUGUAGAAUUUUGUGUGAACGUGUGUGUGCGUGCGUGCGUGCUUAGCAUGGAGAUGCAACCCUCUUCAAUAAGAUACUGUGCCAGUGUGAGCUAGUGAACCAGCCUUAAAGCUACGCAUAUCAGUAUAUACUGACCAAGAGACGCACAUUAGAGGUAGCUCUCCUUCACACGACUGAACGUUACAAGGAAAUCAAAUUAGAGGUGUGGAGAUAUAUAUAUCCCUAAUCAUUUUAUUCACAGAAAAUGUCUUUAAUUUUGUGCAAUAUCUUUUUUCUUUAAUGCAUGUGCAUUUUGAAUCAUUGUAUACUGAGAAAAGUAAUUCAUACUGUUUUAAUAGUAGAAAACAUGAAAGAAGUUGCCCCACAAAUGUCUUCUUAACCCAACAACUUAACAUUCCGUUGUUGUAAAAGUGUAAUGUUUAUUUUACAGACUUGUUUUAUAAGUCUGAGGUUUUUGUUUUGUUUAUUGUGUGUGGGGGGAUAUCGUCCACUUAUCCCUCGGUCAGAAUCUGUGUUUUGGGCAUCAACUGGGCAGUGAUGCGAUGUCUUCUGUGUCACAGUCUGAUGACUUGUUCAUUGGGCUGUAGCUAGCUCAGAGGUGGCCUCAAACAACUGCUUAUUUUUAACUCAUAUGUGGCAUUUUAUGCAUUCAAGCCUGUUCUUUUAAGUGUGAACAGAUCUUUCUUGUUAUGAACUGAGAGCUGGGGGACGACCCCCCCCACCCCACCCCCCUUCCUGUCCAGUGAGCUCACAGGAAAGCCAUGUCUUGUGACCAGUGGAAUCACUGCUAAUGAGCACUUAACGUAGCAACUGGGGGAGGGCCUCUUCCGUUGGCUAGAUGGACCCUCAUUCUGGUGUAGUCAUUGGAUGCAACUCCCUCGUCUGCUUUGAUUUGCUUGCACUGAGCAGCCCAGGUGGACUCUGGUUGGCUAAGGUAAGGACAUGAACAGGAGCCUCUCCUACUGGAAGGUGAAUACUUUGACCCCAUGGCAGAGGAGGAGGUGUCACCUUGAACUUUCUGCACACCUCUCCAUACAGGAAGGCUUGUCUUUUUUUUAACCCCAGUAUUUAUGAUAAUCUAUGAUAAUGAAAAUUGUGCAUAUCUGUGUACAGUAUGUGUUAAUAGUGUGCCUAAAUGUACUGUCAACUCUAUUUUCAUAUUUUUCUUUAACCUAAAAAAAAAAAAAAAUCAGAAUGUCAUGAUCAUUUUACGCGACUGAAAAUGACUUUAGGGUGUUUUUAUUUUGCAUCAUGCUUAUCAAACUCUUCCUUGUGAGCAACUGUGCUCAGAUCAGUAUAACACUAAUAAAAGGUAACUCAGACUAACUGAC